CAUAUCUAAUACCGAUGCUGAUAAAUCCACUGAUACUUCAGAUUCCAAGUAUGAUAAUAGUAGAACACAUAGAGAAAGAGAAAAAGUUGAAAAAAAUGUAAUGACCAGUCCAUCUCAUUACAUCUCAUCAUUAUUAUCAUCUGCACCGUCCACACUGGUUACGUCUCUUCCAAGUAUUUCGAGCAUUCAACCAUCGACGUCUGGAUUGAGUUCAGCAACACUAAAUACCAUCACAAUAAGUGAAGAAAACUUCACGCGAGAUCUAAUAGUAUGGUUCAGAGAUAUUCAAAGUUCAAAGACCGAAUUUAGAUCCAAAAAAUGCAUGGUGUGCUUAUUGCCCGAAGAGCUGAUGUAUGAAAUGGAACAUCAAAAUAAUAUCAAGCGAGACAUCAACCUUCAGUCUCAACAUCUUCAACAUCUUUCCAACGGAAGGGUCGGUAUAGCCAGAAGACCUAUUGGUUAA